GGACAUAGUGGCUGCAUUUCGAUGGGGGCGAAAUUCAUGAACACACGUGUACAUAUAUGUAGGUGCAUGGUAAAGAACCACAGGUGGUCACAAUCAAUCCAGAGUCCCGCACUAUAGUGUACAUCAUAAGCAUAUCAUGGUUUUGGCAUGUAAAACUGCAGAAUUUUUUUAAUGGGCCACAUUUCUUUGUAAACAGAACUUUAAAGCACCAGUGUACUUAAACUUAUUUCAUGCUUAAAUAACUCGAGGGUUAAAAUUAAUCUCGAGCUGUCUGCUCUAGCAUGACAUAUAUAAAAGGUGCAGAUUUAUCCACUGGGACAUAGAGCAUAAUGCUAUUCAACAGGUUAGCACAGGAUGGUGGUUAGUAGGCAGCAUGUCAGCUGCACCCUUUUUAUAUUUAUUCCUAUGUCUGUGAACUCAGGUUUAUUAGAUAUCUUCCCCCAAUGCUUUAAAUAAUUUAGCAGUAAAUAUCACUACUAAUUAAAGUAGCACAUGUGUAUGAGCAAUGCAAAAACAUUGUCUUGGUAAUAGGAAAAAGCACACAUGUUCUGUCUGUUGUCAAGAUGUACUAACUCGCCCAGCAACAAGUUCUGCUAGGCUUCAUUAUCUUGGUAUUUUGUUCGUUGUACUUUUCCUGACUGCCUUGCAUAUUUCAUUCUGCCUUCCUAUUUCAAGUGCAAGGAAGCCUACCCAAGUAACUCAUGCAGUUCUUUUUCAUCCUGGAGAAAAUGCAAAGGAAAAACAUGACAGUCUGCCCAGUGCAAGCACUUCCCAAUAUGAUGCUACCCGGUGCAGCGAGGCCAGCAUUUCAUCAAUUGCCAAUAGCAGUAACAUAAUCCCAAGUCAUUUCGCACCUGAAACAAGGAAUGACAACUCCAUUUCCGAGGAGCUGGGAUGGGACCUUGCACUAAAUCAAGUGGUGCAGGAUCGAACAGUCACUGCUAGGAGCAGUACCAGCUUUGAAAAAAAAAGGUUUGCACAGUUAUACAUGCUGAAGAUGCAUCGUGCAGCAUGUUAGCAUCUGUCCUAGCUGUCAAAAUGUUCAUGACUCCUAUCUUGUUUUAUUUCAGUGCUUUCAGACAUUUACGUAAUAAUGAGAGACGUGAAGACUGUAAAACAUCAAAAUGAAAGGUUGCUAGCAGCUCUUAGUAUUCCGAAUGAAAAUGGUGAAAUGGAAGUGGCCAAUUGCAACCUGCCCUUGGGGGACAUGGAAAAUCUGGCUACCUUGGAGUCCAGGCUGAGCUCUGAUCCUGCCCUUCGAACUCAUCUUAUACGACGGCUCUCACUCAUUGGGGGCCGGGAUUUAAGAAGCCUCACUGCAGGCAUUCUGCGCGCUGUCUUCACAGACGACUUGGGAGCGAAGUUCAGCACACUAGGCCAGCGGCAAAAAAAGAGCCUAAGAGACUUGCAUGUGUACAGUGUCAUUGAAGAGGCGAUUCGAAGUGAUCCUAUGUGUGCAAAUGCAACAACCCAUGCCAUUCGUCAAGCAGCAGCUGCCUGGCUGAAAAAUUGCAGUCUGCGAGCAGCUAAGAGGCAUCAAAAGAACAUAGCGCAUUCUUUGGUGGAACAUGCAUAGAAGUUUCAAAUUAUAGAGUGAGUUAUACAAAUAUUCUACCACCAUUCUUAUGCCGCCAAGUUAUUGAUGGUCUUGCUUCACUUCUCAUAUAUAUUUUUUCACCCCUAAGUGAUGGUGCUUGUUUUUGUUGUAUAUUUGUUCUUAUGCCAUUGUGCAUGCAUUCUUGUGACAGCCGCUUGAAACCUGGCAGAAAACAAGCUGCUGUGCAUCCUUAGUGCUAACUGAGGUCAUAAAAAAAUUUCAGUUUCACAACUGCUAUGCUUAACACGCACAUCACCCUUGUGGUGGUUAAAGUGGUGUGUGCAUUAGAGAACCUGUACUGUUCUAUACCCUUGAAAGCUGUCAAUGGGGCAAGGCCUUUUUCUGUUUAUCUAGCGUCAUUGCAAAUUUUUCUGCAGUAUGUCAAAUGCCAGUUGCAUUUGUACUUAAAGUAUUUAGUCUCUCUUUACUGGUUUUGAGUGCUCUAGAGGAACCUGCCUUUUUCUUUUUUACUGAUACAGGUCAGCAGGCUUCAGAAGACACUGGGACUGCCACCAU